AAUGAAUAGUGAAAGUGGAAAUGAUGACAAGGGAAAAUUCUUUAAAAAUAUACAAGCUCUUUGGGAUAGCUAAUUAAGGGAUUCAAAAGAGAAAUGGUAUUCUUUGGGAGAUCAAUACUGGAGAAAAAUAGAACCCACAUUGAAAGGUGUGUUGGGAGGAUUGGAUUUCUUAAAUAAGAUCGAUAUAGAGGAAUCAAACAAGCUAUUGACGAUGCUCUAUAAGAACCCUCUCUAAGAUUUAAGAGUCCUUGAUUGUGGGGCAGGCAUAGGAAGUAAAGAUUAUGCUAUAAAUAAAAAUAGGAGUUUCGAAGGAGCUGUUGAUAUAAUGGUUCAAGAAAGUAGAUUUGGUGGAACAGAAUCCAAUUUAUGUGGAGAAGGCAAAGGAAGAACUUGGUGAUAAAAUAAGUGAGUAUUAUUGCGCUGGUUUAUAAAGUUUUGAGUUUCAACAUAAAUAUGAUUGUAUUUGGGUGUAAUGGGUGGCAAGUCAUUUAACAGAUGACGAUUUAAUAUUGUUUUUAAAAAAAUGCAAGUUAAAUUUGAAUGGGAAUGGUUACAUCAUUUUGAAGGAGAAUAUAACGAAAUAGGGAUUUAGUUAUGACACCGAAGAUCAUAGUGUCAUCAGAUCAGAUGCGAUGUUUAAAUAAAUAUUCUAGAAAGCCGGUUUGGAUUUGAAAUUCAGUGGUUUGUAGCCAAAUUUUCCUAAGGAUUUGUACUUGGUUAAUCAGUAUGUAUUAUAAUGA